AGAGGGACGGGGGCUCUAUAAAGAUCCACUUUGUCCUCGAGAUCUCUCUGCUCUUUCCAUUUCUUCAGUCUUUUUGCUUGUUACCAACACCACGCACCACCAUGCCCAGCAAGAGAAAGAAGAACAAGCGUCGCAUGAGGAGGGUGCAGGCCCAGAGGAGAGCACUUGAAGAGCAGCAUGCAGGAGACCCGCCAGUCAAAGCGAGUCCUGCAAUUGCAGUGAGUGCGCCCCCUGCGGUAACAAAAAAAGCUCCGGUGCCGGUAAGGAUCCCAGUGCCAGUUCCGAUUGUUGUCCCAACUGUGGAGGCCCCCAUUGUUAAGCCAGAACCAGUUGUGGAAGAGCCAGUCUGUGUGGCUGUGGAGGAGCCCGUACCUGUGGAAGAGCCUGUCCCAGUACCUGUGGAAGAGCCUGUACCUGUGGAAGAGCCUGUCCCAGUACCUGUGGAAGAGCCUGUACCUGUGGAAGAGCCUGUCCCAGUACCUGUGGAGGAGCCUGUCCCAGUACCUGUGGAGGAGCCAGUCUGUGUGGCUGUGGAAGAGCCCGUCCCAGUACCUGUGGAGGAGCCCGUCCCAGUCGAGGUAGCAGCACCAGAGCUGGAGGCUGAGGUGUUGGAACAGACUCCAGCAGAGGUUGAGGUUGAAGCCCCGGCCCCGGUCAUUGAAGAACCACUGGUUGUUGAGACUCCAGCCGUUGAAGUUGAGGCUGCGAUUGUGCAGGAGGCUGAACCGAUCAUUCCUGAACCAGAACCAGUGACUGAGGUCAUUCCCCCAGUUGAGGCCCCAGUAGCAGCCCCUGUUGAGAUCGAGAUUCAGACAGAGGACGCUAUAGUUGAAACCACAGAGGCUGUACAGACACUUGAUGUCUGCGAGCCAGAGGCUGAAGCCAUUGAGGUUGCAGUCACAGAAGAUAUCGCCGUACCAGAGCCCGUAACUGAAGCGAUUGAAGAACCAGUGGUUGAAGCACCUACAAGUGACCAAGUUCCUGCUGAAGCCGAACCCAUUGCAGAGGAAGUGGUUACAGAAUCGGUGGUGGAAUCGGUGGUGGAGGUCGUCGCAGAGAUACCUGAGGCCGAAGCUGUCGUCUGUCCUGCAGCCCCGGCUGAGGGCGAGGAUGACUCUGAAAUAGAAGUCCUUGCUGAGCCUGUUGCUAUCACAGAGGAUGCCCCUGCUGCACCUGUGGAAAUGCCAGUGGUGCCAGACACCGUCCCUGAGGCUCUGGUAGAAGAGGCUGAAGCCCCCGUAACUGAAGUCAAAGAGAUCAUUGCUGACAGCAUGGUUGAUGACUUUGUUGUCACAGAAUCUGUCCCAGCAGUGGAUGUCGCCAUUGCCGAGUCUGUUGCUGUCCAGCCGGAAAUUGUCGAAGCCAGUAACGUCGAAUUAGAAUCUAUGGAUGUGAUGCCCGCUGAACCUGUUGCUGCCCCUGCAGAGGAAAUGGUCAUUGAUGCCGCUGCUGUGCAGACAUGUUUGGAUGCGCUGUCAGAGGCGCCAAAGCCAGAAAUCUGUGAAUUGGCAUGUCAGAUGCAGCUCGCUGUGGAGUCAGUGCAGCUCAGCAGCAUGGAGAUGGCAGUGGAGUCAGCGCUGAAUGGACACAUCACUCCAGAGGUCUCCAUUGAGGGCUAGAUCCACAGCACACAACUCGAUUCCCCUUUGGCCAUUUUGGAGGACUCAAAGCUUUACAGCUGAUCUUGUUCAUUUUUCAGGGCUUACGCAUGGAAAUCCCAAAAAGACAUCCACACUUUGAAGUGCCUUUCUGGCCCCGGUUCCUGUCAAAACACCAUAAACCAGAUGUCACCAUGCCAAAAACCCACUGCAUUCAAGGCAGCAGAACAGGCUAUUGUCGCAAGUGUGCAGUGAUGCUACCCAAAACACUGUGGCUCCGUUUUCAAUAUGUAUUCCUUCCUGACAACGUGUACAGUGAAUUUGCAUUAAGAGUGGAAGCAGAUGUGCUUGAGAGAUGGAGAUUCCAAAAACAAGAGAACUGGCAGUGCCUGAUAUUUCUGUUCAUCUCUCCAGCAUUUGGCUUCAACACCACAUACACUCAAUGCAGGUUAAAACUGUUGCGUCGAUGAAUGUGGCUAUAGUUGUACUUGGGCCAUUGUUCAUAUGGGUGGGAGGGACUACUUUUUAGGGUUUUCUUUCUUCACAUUUCAAAGGCUCUUUUUACCCUCGGAGACACUCCCACAAACCUCUUUAUAGUCAUUAGACCAUUUCUGUCCCCUAGUUCUCCUCUCUGACUGAACUAAGUGCCAACACAAAGAUAAGGGUGAUGCUAAAAAAACAUCCUAAAGGUAGAGUUUUAGGUUUUAUGGCCACUGGAAAAUAACAGAUUAAGGGGUUGAGCUGAGAUACUUUUUUUUUUUCUUUUUAAUUUUCUUUCACUUUUUUAAUUCAUUUUGUAUAGACAAUAUAAUGUGCUACAGUCUUGUGUUCAAAAUCUGUGCUCUGGAGGGGAAAUGUUAGUGAUCUGGUGAAAAGGAUCACUGUCGAACUGAUGUUGG